AUGGCAUUCUUCACUUAUUUCGAUCGAGAUGAUGUGUCAUUUCCGAAAGCAGCUGAAUUCUUUCGAAAAGCUUCACAUGAAGAACGUGAACAUGCAGAGAAAUUGGCCAAAUAUCAGAACAAACGUAGUGGUCAAAUAGAAUUUAUGGAUUUAAGAGCAGUUCAGAAAAUUGAAUUAAAUGAUCUUGAAGAAGCAUUUGAAAUUGCUCUAAAUUCUGAAAAGUCGAUUUAUCAGUCCCUACUGGAAUUACAUAAUGUCGCUGAAGAACACAAUGAUCCAGGGUUAUGUGAAUUUAUUGAAUCUGAAUGCUUAAAAACUAAAGAACGAUUCAUCAAAACAAUUGCUGAUUAUUUAACACAAAUUCAACGUGUUGGGAAACAACUUGGUGAAUAUUUAUUUGACCAAUUAACAUUGAAAGAAUAA